AUGAAUACAACUACUAAUCAGCCAACCGAUGAAUCGAAUGCUCAAAUUGCAAAGAGGAAGAUUUCUCUCAAUGAUUACAAAGUGAAUAAACGUGUGAAAUCAAGUGAUAUUGUACAAGGCUCAGCAGCAGACGUUGAUAUGCGAAUGGAUACAAUGGAAAAUAAUAAAAAAUCCUCACCAAGAUCUAUGAACAAUACUUCGUCGUCUCCUUCUGAACAGCGACCAAUAGUUAGUCCAAAAGUGGAAGAUAAUAGUGCGAGUAGAGAUUUAGUGACAAAGAGUAAUUUGAGCGAACCAGGAGUAAAGAAAUUAAUAAAAAAGAAAGUAGUUUGGGCCGAUGAAAAAAAUAAAGCCCUUGUACAGACAUCGUUUUUUGAAGUAGACCGUUCUGAAAUGACAGAUAUGCAUGCAUUUGCACGUCAAUGUGCAGAAAAUAUGUCUAUAGCGCAACUCGAAAAACUAUGGGAACGUGAUCUUCGUAAACAACGAAGUUUACAAGAUGUUAACACAUUUGAUAAUAAUGAUAAACAAGUUUUACCUCCAUUACCAACUUUAAUACGUAUUUUAUUACCGGAUGCCAUAACAACGCCAAUAGUGAAGUCACAGGAACGUGCCGUUCAAGAAGAACGUGAAAAAAGUGUUUUACAGGCUCUUUUCAUGCGGCCAUUUUUACCGGAUAGUCCAAGUGAACCCGAUGGUGAUCUUCUUGGAAGUAAUACGAUUGAACGAAAUAAACCCAAAACAAUACCAUUGGAAGAUAAUACCCCACCAUCCGAAACAAAACUGUCACCUUCGAAUGCUAAUCAAGAAUCUACACCCACGAAUGUCACUGUUGCUCCUGCAAAUCCAUCACAGCCAGCAGUCGUACCAAGUUCUUCGUCGUCGUUAUCAUUCGACAAUUCGUUAUCUCCUGAAGUUGCUCAAAUCCUUGAACGCGCAAAAGGCAACAUACCAUCGACAACAGUAGCUAAUCCAUCAAUAAAUCCACCUGCAACAUCGAUUCCAGCUGCCAGUAUUGCAUCAACGCUAUUUUCUGCUCUAUUCAACCUCAAACGAUCGAAUGGAAUGGAAUCGGCAACUGCACCACCAGCCAAUUCGGUACCAAACUUUCCGCUUAAUUUCAACGUGGCACCGCAUCCGCCUCUGCCUACACUUUCUAUGAACCCAUUAUUCGCAAAUGUUCUAUCAUCGGGACUAUCUCUACCUCUAUCCUUCAAUAACCCGCUGCUCCAAUUGCCGUCGGCAACGUUCAAUAUUCCAAAUUCAAUCCCAUCAGCAACGCCAGCUGUUGAUACAACUACUAAUUCGAAUUCAAAUGAUAUGUUCCAAACUUCAACAGUUCCCUUUGGUGCAGCAUCAAAUCAAAACUUACCAACGCGGUUCAAUCAUAACAGUAACAAAAACGAACGUCAAAACCACAAUUUUCGCGGGCACUCCAGAGGAUAUGGUUUUCGUCGCGGUUUCAAUAACAAUCAUCCACGUCGAGAUUUUCAUCAAAAGCGAAACAAUUACAACAAUAACAAUAACAACAACAACAAUAAUAAUAAUCGAAAUGGUUUUUCAUGA